GGCUGCAUUAGUUUACCCAUUUAGACAAUUUCAAUUUAUUCCCACGUCUCUCAUCCACCAAUAUCAAUCGAACGCUGCAUAGGAUACGAGUAAUUGCAGAGGGGUCUCUCGCUAAAAUUCUCCAAUUCUAGAUCUUGAAUGCUACGUAUAACGAGGUGCCUGUCGCCAACAAUGUCACAUUGUAAAAUCUCGAGGAAGGAUAGAAAAACCCCGUGUGUUCCUCGAGUUGUUGUAAGCCACACCCUUUGUCAUUAUUCCGUUUCAAAGUGUAUUCAUCAUGACGGGUUUUCGGAAUCUGUGGCGAGUUGCUGGGAUGUGCAUGUUGCUGCCCUUGGUCACUGCGAGAGACAUUGAUUGUUCUAUGAGUGAUUCAACUCGGUGUGAUUGCAUCUAUCAAAAUGGCGCAGACAAUACCAUGGGUGGCACCGAUUGUCGAGUAUGCAAAGUCGACGGCAAUUUCUACUGCGUCCUCUGGGGUAGUCCUGGCUGGAUGUACGGCCCAUUGUGCGAUGCAACGCAAUGUCCGCCCGGAACGACAUGGCUUGAUGGCAAGAUAUCCCCUGGGAACUGCUAUUGCGAUUGGAAUGUGAAGCCUCAUGAUCGUUAUCCCUGCCCAACACCGGCUGGAGAUUGCAAAUGCUCCUACGACGAUAUCACGCCGUCGGGCACGACGACGUCCACGUUGCCAGGCGCGACUUGUGUGAUAUGUCCCGAGGGUCCUGCUGCUGGAGGAUACUACUGCACAGAACGAGGCAACAGGGCGAACAAGUAUGGUCCAGUCUGCAUGGGCAACGAGCUGGGUCCACAGUGUACCGGAAAGGGAUGUGUUUGUAAUUGGAUGACGACGAUGGAUGGACCUGGGUGGCGCAAUGAUACGGUGUAG